AUGAAAUUAAUAUCAGUAUUUAUAUUAGUCGUGUUGGCUGUUACUACCGUCGUUAAUACACAAACAACAGUUGACUCUUGUACAUACAUUGAUAAAUAUGGGUAUUACUAUGACUUGCGUGCACUAGCUGGUCAAAACUACCAAGUCGGGCCUAUCAUAUCACAAUUUGCGUCUGGCUGGACCCAAUUGUUUUCGGUCUGUUCUGUCGACACCCAAUGUCAAUCGUACAACUACGCAGGUGCUAGUGGAUGCUCGUAUUGGAAUGGAAAUCAGCUCCAUGGUUUAACUGCUAAUGCCGUCACUCAACGAUUCGGACCUGUUGCCCCAGGCACUGGAGUGAACCUCAUUUCCAACUCUACCCAGAGUAACCUCGUUGUCAAUAUGGUGUGCAGUGUCUACAAUAACCAACAAUCAACUUGCGUUGAAAGCCCACAACAUACCUACACAUGUACCAUCUACUCGAAUGAAGCAUGUCCAUUCUAUCAAGCUAAUGUCAUCCCAGCUACCAAAGUCUUAGUGUCUUGUCAACAAGGUGCAAGUGGAUACGGUCCAAGUGGAAUCCCAUACACCAACUAUCAAUGCGUUGUACUCAAUACCUCACCAUUAUCACAAUACGUCAUGUUGUACGCUGUCAUCGGUGAUACCGAGAUUGUCAACAUUGAAGGCAACUUUUCACCACUUGAAUCAUCCAACAAUGGUACUGGUCUAUGGUACCCUUCUCAAGCAGCCUCUCCUCUCCACCCAUUCUCCAAGGUCUCCUUUGGUUACACUGUAGAAAAUAAUGAACAGAAUCCUCGUUUCUUACCUGUUGUAGUAUCUGAUUAA